AUGGCAUACAUGUUCGUAGUCAUCGCCGCCUCCAUCUUGGCCACCGCCUACGGAUCUCCCGUAGCAGCACCCAUCUACGCCGCUGGCCCAGCUUACUCUGCACCAGCAUACGCUGCUGCCCCGGCAUACGCUGCACCCUCUUCAUACUCUGCUCCUUCUUACAAACCCGCUUACAAACCAGCAGCAUACGGACACGAAUCUUACGAUGCCCCAGCUCCAUACAACUUCGAAUACAGCGUAAACGACCCACACACCUACGACGUCAAGAGCCAAUCUGAAUACGCCGACGGAAACGGUUACGUCAAGGGAUCUUACAGCCUUUUGGAAGCCGACGGUUCCACCCGCACUGUUGAAUACACCGCCGACGACUACAACGGUUUCAACGCCGUCGUCAAGAACGAAGGUGGAUACAAGGCCCCAGCUUACUCUGCACCAGCAUACUCUGCACCAGCCUACAAGGCCCCAGCUUACGCUGCCCCAGCCUACUCUGCACCAGCCUACAAGGCCCCAGCAUACGCUGCACCAGCUUACUCUGCACCAGCCUACAAGGCCCCAUCUUACUCCGCCCCGGCCUACAAAGCCCCAUACUCUGCCCCAGCCUACAAGGCCCCAGCAUACGCUGCACCAGCUUACUCCGCACCAGCUUACGCUGCCCCGGCUUACGCCGCCCCAGCUUACUAA